AUGAAUUUUAAUAAAAAGAUAUCUGCUUCAGAAUUUUGUUUUAAUAUACUAAUUUUUCAUUACGAAAUAUUAAAAAUUAUGGAAAAAACCAAUAUAUCCAUUGAAAAUGAAGAACAAGUACUAGAAGAAUCAGGAAAAGUUGUUGAUCAUGUAACUGAUGAUGUUUUAAAGAAGAUCGAAGAAAUUCAUGGUGAAAUACAAACAAUAGAAAAUCAAAGCAUAAAUGAAAAUGUUGAAACGAAUGAUGAUGAAGUUGUACCAUCAACAACACCAAAACCAAUUGAAGAACAAGAAAAUGUUAUUGAUACAAAUAUAAAUGUAUCAGCAUGUGUUUCACCUGGUCGAUCUACGACACCAUUUAAAGAAGUAAAUGAAAGUGAAAAAGAAACAUGUACAACUAUUGUUAAUCGUACAGAGAAUAAACGUGAAUUAGAUAAUGAAGAUGAACAGACAGAAGAAAAAUUUGUUGUUAAUAAUGAACGAACAGGUGAUCAAACAAAAAAACUUAAAAUAAACGACACGAUGGGUGAACCGAUUGUUGAAACAAAUGAAUCGGAAGUUAAUAUGAUUGUUAAUGAUACUAUUGCUGUUGAAGUUUGA